AUGACAGGUGGUUCUCGUCCUCAGAAACUCAAUUACUCACUGGAACGAUGGAUGCAGGAUCCUUCUCCUCCUUUACAGUCUCCGACACCCUCCAAAGUUUCCAUGCAGAAUGGUCCUAUUUCAAGAGUGCGAGGGGCCCCACGGCCGAGGUUGCUGCUACAGGGACAGAGAAGGAGUGGAAAAUCUUCCAUAAGCUCCGUUGUUUUUCACAAAAUGCCACCGACAGAGACUUUAUUCCUCGAGUCUACAACAAGGAUACAGAAAGAGCCAGUAAACUCCUUUAUGGAUUUCCAAGUAUGGGAUUUCCCAGGUCAGAUUGACUAUAAUGAUGGUACCUUCGACCUAGAAACCCUUUUUGGCGAUACGGGAGCUCUCAUUUAUGUCAUCGACGCCCAAGACGAAUACCUCGAGGCUCUCACCCGGCUCCAUCAAACAAUCGAGGCAAUCCAGCGUCAUAAUCCGGCUAUAAACAUCGAAGUGUUCAUCCACAAAGUCGACGGUCUCUCCGAUGAUUUUAAGCUUGACACCCAGCGUGAUAUUGUCCAGAGGACAACCGAUGAGCUUGCAGACAUGGGUCUCGAUGGUGUACAUAUUAACUACCAUCUAACCAGCAUUUACGACCAUAGCAUCUUUGAAGCCUUCAGCAAAGUUAUCCAGAAGCUACUCCCAGAGCUAGGAACUUUGGAAAAUCUGCUUAACGGACUAGUCAGCAAUUGUCGAAUAGAAAAGGCAUUUUUGUUUGACGUGUUGAGUAAGAUUUAUGUAGCUACCGAUAGUUCACCGGUUGAUGUCCAGAGUUAUGAGAUUUGCUCGGAUUAUAUUGAUGUUGUGCUAGAUAUGACAGAAAUAUAUGGAUAUGAUCGCGGCGAGCUAGAAGUUAGCACAGUCGAGGAAACAAAGAGUUCUAUCGGAAGUUCAGAAGACUGGUCGCUCCCUGACCAGUCUAGCGUCAUGAAACUACAGAAUGGAAUGGUGCUUUUCCUACGAGAGAUCAAUAAGUAUGAAACACCCUUCCACCUUCUCCCGACGGCCCCUCCGUCACCACCAUUAACACUACCAUCAUAA